AUGCAUGGCAACUUCGAGCUGGGAAUGACAACCCGCACUGCACUCGUCAAGCUGCUCGCCACUGUUGACCUUACCCUUGUUUCUCUGUUUCCCCCAACGCCUCCCCCCGUGUCUCUCUCCUACCGUCUCAUCCUCAUCUACCUCCCAUCUCCUGCUGUGUUCCCACAUGUGCAGUGGUGGAGGGCGCAGGCGCUGCGCUUCAUGCUGCGCUGGCCCUCGCCCUACCUCUGCCACCUGCUCAACCGUCACCGCCACCGCGCCUACGGCAUGCAAGUGGCGCGCGGCAUGGCCACGCACCACGCCGAGGCCCAGGGCAUCCUCUCCUCGCUGCUGCUGCCACCCCUGGCCGCCCGCCACCCCAUUGCAGCGGGCGCCCUGCAGCAGGAGGGGCGGGAGCUGGCGGCGCUCAACUUCUCGACUGCGCACUCGGUGGAGGCGCAGGUGUGGCCGGGGCUAGGCUUCCACGGGUGUGUGGCGCGCGGGCGCGGCAAUGUGAUGGCAACGCCGGGCAACCCCCUGUCAGACUACUUUGGGGCGGGGCGCGAGGCGUAUGUGCUGCGCCCCAUCGUUGCCAUGGACACAGGACGGAGGCGAGGGGUGGAGAGGCCGCCAAUGCAGCAUCUCAAAGAGGAUGAGCAGGAUAAGGAGGAAGGGGAGGAUGAGGAGGUGGGGAGGAGUGGGCAGGAGGGGGAGUUGGAGGAGCGGGGGAGGAGGGAGCAGAUGGCGGUGGUGGCGAGUGUGUUCCACGCGUACAGCCUCAGGCAGCACGACCCUGACCUCCACCACGUGUGGCUCACCGCCUCUCCCUCGCAGGCCACGCAGACACAAUUGGCAGCCUUCGACGACUGGACCUUCCUUAACUCCCGGCACGACAGCUACGGCCAAUCAGCGGCUGCCAGCAUGGCAGGUGUGGUGGGGUCACAGCUGGCAAGUGUGCUGAUCGCAGCGGAGUCAGACUACUUUGUGGGGUCACUGGCCUCGCGGCACACUCGCCUCAUCCUCGCCUUGAGGGCCACCAAUGACCGGCUUGCUGCACCUGCGGUUCUGCUGAAAUAA